AUGGUGGAGAAGAAAUUCGUGCCGAUCAGUCUUGUUCCAAAGAGGGCACGUAGAUUCACACAUGGCGGCCUGGUGGCAUUCUUUUUAUUCAUCUACUUCUGUGUCACUAGGACAUCACACGACGUUCGUGAGACUCGGUCGUACGCUACUCCGGUGACGGCCGACAAUGGCGAGAGAUUUCCUAGAAAGAUCUGGCAGAUUUGGAAAGUCAAUCCAUUGGAUUUUGCCGAACGCGAUAUCGAGGUUGCGCGCAGCUGGACUGUGAAAAACCCGGGCUAUCGCUAUGAAGUUCUGACCGACCAAAAUGACCUCGAAUAUGUCGAAACGAAGUUCGGUCCCGAUGGGGAGAAUCGACCAGAUAUCGUUGAAACCUAUCGAUUAUUAACCGCUCCAAUUAUCAAGGCCGAUCUACUACGGUACCUAGUGAUGUAUAUAGAAGGAGGUGUCUAUGCGGAUAUCGACGUGGAAGCAUUGAGACCCGUCGAGCGAUUCAUCCCAAGCACACAAGACGAGACAGAAAUUGGCAUGGUUAUUGGCGUCGAAAUCGAUGAGCCACACUUCAGCGACCAUCCUAUACUCGGUCAGAAAUCACAAUCCUUCUGCCAAUGGACCUUCAUGUGCAAGCCCCGACAGCCCGUGAUGAUGCGGCUAGUCGAGAACAUUCUUCACUGGCUCAACGACCUCACCAUCAAGCAAAGGAAGCCCAUCUCAGAGCUUCAGCUGGACUUCGAUGACGUGAUCACCGGUACCGGGCCAUCUGCAUUUACAGGAGCCAUUCUGUCUGAAAUGAGCCGUACGACUGGCAGGACAGUCACAUGGAACGCUUUCCACGAUAUACCGGAGUCAAAAGUUGUUGGCGGAUUUUUGGUCCUCACGGUGGAAGCCUUCGCCGCAGGACAAGGUCAUUCCGACUCGGGCAGCCAUAACUCGCGCAAUGCGUUAGUCAAGCAUCAUUACCAUGCAUCAGAGUGGCCGAAGAGUCACCCACGAUACUACCACCCAAUCUUUGGAGAGGUUGAGAAGUGCAAUUGGAACAUGGACUGCGUGAGGAAAUGGGACGAGGAAACGGCUGCUUUUGCUGCCUUGCCCCAGGAAGAGCAGGAGCGCCAGAUUGCCACAUUUCGGGCAAUAGGCGAAGCGUUAAAGAAUAUGGAAAUACCCCCGCAGCCCGGCUUUGGCUUUUCGUGA